ACUGACCCGCAUCCGGAGCCUGAUUGUUCCUCUAUCCAAACACACCCCAUCUCUUGUUCUCAGUGCCUACAGUGAUCCGUCUCUCUAUUGGCCCCUCGAAUGUGAGUUCCCGAAGUCUGGAGAUCGGAAAAUGUUCCCUCAAUUCGGUGCAACUGCGGACACCUUAAGCAAAGCUUCGACUCUGAUGUUCCGGAUCGGUACGGACGCCCACCUCUACGAUGAUCCAGAGGACGUCAACAUCGCGCCGCUCCUCGACAGCAAAUUUGACUCCGAGAAAUGUGAGGCCCUCAAGCGUUUACUCGCCCUCAUAGCCCAGGGCUUCGACGUCUCCAAUUUUUUCCCUCAGGUUGUUAAAAAUGUGGCAUCUCAAUCAUUGGAAGUAAAGAAGUUGGUAUACUUGUAUCUCUUGCAUUAUGCUGAAAAGCGUCCAAAUGAAGCAUUGUUAUCGAUUAAUUGUUUCCAGAAAGACUUGGGGGAUACGAAUCCAUUGGUGAGGGCAUGUGCACUUCGUACCAUGGCAGGAAUCCGUCUACAUGUAAUUGCACCACUUGUUCUGGUGGCUGUGGGGAAGUGUGCUAGAGAUCCAUCUGUUUACGUCAGGAAAUGUGCUGCCAGUGCCCUUUCCAAGUUGCAUGAUCUGCGACUGGAGGAACACACUACUGCAAUUGAGGAGAUUGUAGGGAUUUUGUUCAAUGACCAUUCUCCUGGUGUAGUUGGAGCUGCUGCUGCAGCAUUUUCUUCCGUCUGUCCUAAUCAUUAUUCUUUGAUUGGAAGAAGUUAUCGAAAGUUAUGUGAGAUUCUUCCUGAUGUGGAAGAGUGGGGUCAGAUAAUCUUAAUUGGGAUUCUUUUGCGCUACAUAAUAGCGAGGCAUGGGCUCACUAAAGAAUCAAUCAUGUUCACUUUGCAUCAGAGAUCCCAUUUAGAAAUGGAUGGAUCAGGCGUUAGCUCUGUCUUCGAAGAUAACUCACGUGAGGUGAACGCUACAUUUGAGUCUGAAUUAGCAAAUAUGGUCUCCAGGUGUUAUGUUGAAAGGCCAGAUGAAUACCUGUCACGAGCAAGUUCCACCAAUAGGAUUUCCUUUGAGCUGAAUGGUUCACAGUUCACUUCUGCGAAAAACAACGAUGAUGUGAAGAUCUUGCUUCAGUGUACAUCGCCAUUAUUUUGGAGCAACAACAGUGCUGUGGUGCUCGCCGCAGCUGGUGUACACUGGAUUAUGGCACCAAGGGAGGAUGUCAAAAGAAUUGUUCAACCUCUCUUGUUCGCCUUGAGAUCAUCUCAUGCCUCAAAAUAUGUGGUCCUCAGCAACAUUCAAGUGUUUGCCAAAACAUAUCCGUCUCUCUUUGCUCCUCAUUUUGAAGACUUCUUCAUAUCGUCUUCAGAUUCUUAUCAUAUAAGAGCUUUAAAGCUUGAGAUUUUAUCUUCCACUGCAACAGAUUCAUCCAUAUCACUGAUCUUAAGAGAGUUCCAGGAUUAUAUUAGAGACCCAGAUCGGAGAUUCGCUGCUGAUGCUGUAGCUGCAAUUGGUUUAUGUGCUCAACGACUUCCAAAAAUGGCAAACACUUGCUUGGAUGUAUUAUUAGCUCUCACUAGACAUGAAGUUUUGACUUGUGAUGUUGGUGACAAGAAUGGAGAGGCGGGAGUUUUGGUUCAAGCUAUAAUGUCUAUCAAAUUAAUCAUAAAACAAGAUCCACUGAGUCAUUUAGAGGUUAUUAUUCAGUUGCUUCGUGGUCUGGAUGCAUUCAAGGUGCCUGAAACCCGUGCAACAAUCAUUUGGAUGGUGGGGGAGUAUAGCACUUUAGGAGACAUGAUCCCUAAAAUGUUGAGCAUUGUGCUUAAGUAUCUGGCACAGUGCUUCACUUCAGAAGCUCUGGGAGUGAAGCUUCAGAUUCUUAAUACUAAUGCUAAGGUACUAUUAUGUGCAAAAAGGGGAGAUGCUGGGACAUUUAGAAUGAUUAUAAACUAUGUGCUUCAACUUGCUGAAUGUGAUUUGCACUAUGAUGUUCGUGAUCGAGCUCGUUUGUUAAAGAACAUCGUGUCGUGCAAUAUAGGUACUGAAGGCUUGGAAGAAGAUAGAAAUUGUCUGCACAAGAAUAUGUUUUGGGGACACACAGAAGCAUCAUUGCAGGAACCUGUCAAUUAUCGAGUUUAUCUUCCUGGUUCUCUCUCACAAAUAGUUCUUCAUGCUGCUCCAGGAUAUGAUUCUCUCCCAAAGCCUUGUAGUUUACUCCUUGAUGAAUUCAGCUACUUCUCAAACGUAGUUCAAGGAGAAAAGACAUCAGGGUUGGGAGCUGGUAACAGUGGCUCUUACGGGACAGAUGAUUCUGAGAUAUCCUCUGGAUCUAUGGAAUUAGAAAGUCCUUCUGAUUAUAGUUCCCAGCGUUCUGUGACUGGCUUAAGUGACAAUGAGGAGACUGGUUCUGCUAGUGAGGAAGACAACCAUGCUGAGCCACUGAUUCAGAUUUUAGAUGCAGGCAAGGCUAUUAAUAAUCAGAAUGGAGUUGCUCUAUCAGAUUCCGCUGAUGUAAGUGAAUUGAUGUCAAAGGGAGCUCUAGAAUCAUGGUUAGAUGGGCCUGGUUUUUCCAGCUCAAGUACAACAGAACAAAGUCAAGUACGUAGAUCUUCAGCCAGAAUAGCAAUGGGUGAGCUAGCAAGCAAGGUUAAGCCUAAAAUCUAUACACUUUUAGAUCUAUCAAAUGGAAAUGGGUUGAAGGUGGAUUAUUCAUUCUCUUCUGAAGUGUCAGGUGUAUCUGCUCAACUUGUAUGUGUAGAAGUUUUAUUUAAGAACUGCUCCUCAGAACCCAUGUUGGAAAUUGCUCUAGUGGACGAGGAGUCUAUCAGAGCCUCAGAUUCAGCUGCACAGCCAUCUGGUGUUACUGAGAGCUCCUUGGUAUCUCGCCAUGAUGUGUCCGCACUAGUUGCAAUGGAAGAGGUUGCUUCCCUGGAACCUGGACAGACUACAAAGAGAAUUCUGCAGGCUCACUUUCAUCACCAUCUGUUGCCUCUGAAAUUGGCCUUGUUUUGUAAUGGCAAGAAGUUCCCAGUCAAGCUGCGGCCCGAUAUUGGAUAUUUUGUUAAACCACUACCAAUGGACAUUGAAGCUUUUAUGGACAAGGAAUCACGUCUUCCAGGAAUGUUCGAAUAUGUGAGGAGUUGCACAUUCAUCGGACAUGUUGCGGAGCUAGACAAGGACAAGGGCAAUGGCGAUGGCUUGCUAACAAAAGACUGCUUUCUUGUAAUCUGUGAGAACUUAGCAUUAAAGUUGCUUAGCAAUGCUAAUUUUUAUCUUGUCUCUGUGGAUAUGCCAAUUGCCACCAACCUAAAUGAUGCGUCAGGUUUGCGGUUGCGGUUCAGCAGUGAAAUCUUAAGCAACUCAAUUCCCUGUCUAAUUACUAUCACCGUCGAAGGUAAAUGCUUAGAGCCAUUGAAUGUCUUUGUAAAAGUCAACUGUGAAGAGACAGUAUUUGGCUUAAACCUAUUAAACAGGGUUGUGAAUUUCUUAGUUGAGCCCUGAUUAUCCUGUGUGUAAUUGAUGAUCAAUGAGAGAAAACGUUGCAAGUAUUGAUCCCUGGGUUUGGAGGGCAGGUGAUUCAUAUCAUUGUUUUUAAUGUAAGAUUGCAUUUGUUAUUUAUGGAUCCUUUUUUUUCCUUGGAUUUUCA